UUCAUGGCUCCGCUUUUGUAGGACUUGGUCUAGGUGCUGGUAUUGGGGGAGGAUACGGGGGGUAUGGAGGAUAUGGAGGAGGUUAUGGAGGAUAUGGAGGAGGUUAUGGAGGAGUUCUUGGCGGAUUAGGAGGUGGUUAUGGACUUGGAGGUGGUUAUGGACUUGGAGGUGGUUAUGGACUUGGAGGUGGUUAUGGACUUGGAGGUGGAUACGGAAAAGUAGUUCUGCCAGUCCCUGUCUCUAUUCCAGUGCCAGUCGUUGUCAAGGGCGGAUAUGGAGGCGGCUACGGCGGCGGCUUAGGUGGUGGAUAUGGUGGCGGAUAUGGUAAGUCGUAA